AUGUGGUCGUGCAGACUUUGUGCUUGGAAGCGGCCACGGCGACUGAGCGGUGAGUCCAAGAAGACAGAGUCACCCGUGGGAAGUAGCAGCCACUCACGCACUAUAGCGCGCAGGAGACUCACCAGCAUGCGGAGGUUGAUGCCGCGGUUGAAGACGACAUUCCACUCGGAUUCGGCAUGGCGGACGAACAGGAUGCGCUUGCGUUUGGUCACAACGGCGGCAGGCUGCGGGUCCAAGAGCAGCGCAGUUGAGUCAGCGCUGGCUUCGGUAGUGUCGGUCGCUGCCUGCAGCCAGUGCUUGUCGCUGGAGAACAGGAGAUGUAGCAGCGCCACGCAGAAGAGCUGCAGCUUCCACGCGGCGUGGUCGGCUGCGUCCAGCAAUGCGGGCCACACGCCGAGAGAAAGUAGACGACGACGCACACCACGAUUCAUGCGUAGAUGA